UAGCAGUGAGCAUUAGCAUGAACCCAAAAUGAAAAACACUUAAAAUAUAUAACAAAAUAUAUCAUCUAACACUAAACCAUGUUUCUCAGCCUCCUCUGUUCUGUGACAAGAAUAAAAUACAUGAAUUCACAUGUCCAUAACAAAACAUCACGUGUGUGUACACGAGGGUGAUAAACUUUAUUAAAUGGUUUGUUUUGUUUAGUUUUGUUUAGUUUUGUUUGCUAAUGGGUUUCGUUUUCCAGCUCUGUCAUCUGAGUUUCGUUUUCCAGUCAGUCAGCUGGUUGGCUGGUUGGGUGUGUAAACGUCAAGUUAUCAUCUGGGUUGUGUCACACACUGAUCUCCUGGGUCUGAGGACAGACUGCAUUCCUGCAGGUUCCUACAGAGCCAGAGAAGCAGAACAGGAGCUUCUUCACACUUCAUGUUGCUUCCUGAAGGCAUUAAAGACAUUUUCUUCAAGCAAGACUAGCAGAACCGAACUUUGCUCACUAUGGGAGUUCGUGGACUUCACAGCUACAUCGAGAGCAACAGUGAUUUUCUGAAGACAUGCCGCUUUAGAGAAAGCAAACUCAUCAUCGAUGGAUCCAGUCUGUACUACUGUCUUUACUACAGGUCUCACGUGGACCAAGCACACGGCGGAGAUUACGAUGGCUUUGAGAAAAUAGUUACACAGUUUUUCAGAAAUCUCCGAAUCUGCGAUAUUGAGCCCUACGUGGUGCUCGAUGGAGGGGAUGAUGACAGUGACAAAAAAUUUGACACCCUGAAGACAAGAUGCCAAGAAAGAAUCCGAAGAGCCAAUGCCUUGUCCAGGGGCCGUUCAGGAGAAGUUUUACCCAUUCUCAUCAAAAAAGUGUUCAAGCAGAUCCUCCGGAAACUCGGAAUUCCCUUCAUUCAGUGUCUGGCAGAGGCGGAUUGGGAAGUAGCCGCAUUGGCCAGCGAGUGGAACUGUCCCGUUCUGUCCAACGACAGCGAUUUCUACAUCUUCAGCAACCGGGGCGGAUUUUUGCCCAUCUCUCAUUUCCAGUGGAGGAAAGUGAGUCAUAAAUCCGCUGCCAAAAAAAGCAUCCCUGCCAAAUGGUUUGGUUUUAAGAACCUUUGUACUGCCUUUAACCGCAUGAAUAAACAACUUCUUCCACUUUUUGCCAUCAUCCUGGGCAACGACUACACCAAACUGGACAGGAGUUCAUUUCCAAACUUCUCAAAGUUCUCAACCAGACCUGGAGGAACCGCCCAGAUCGAUGGCUUACUCACGUGGUUAUCACGUUUCCCCAGCCCAAAAGAAGCCAUCGCUGCUCUCCUCAGCCCCCUGGGGAAGAAGAGGAAAUCAGACAACCUUAACACUGCAAUAACUCAGGGAAUGGCAGCAUACCAACUCAAGCCCAGCUCCAUUGCCCAGUUCUUCCUAAGCGGAGAACCUCAGAGAAGGCCUCUAGGCCCUUUACAGAAGCUCCCGGACUGGACUCUGAAACCUCUGGCAGAAGGCAAACUGGCUUCCACCAUCAUUGAAGUCCUGACACUGCAGAGGGUCAUGCUGAACUUCCAGGUGGAGGACUUUGGGCUGAGCAGCAGCAGCGAGCCGUCUCGGCUGAUACGACAGGUGACGUACGGCGUACUGCUGUGUACCAGGUGGCAGACAGUCGGUAAACGCAGCACGUCUUCUGGAGAGAAGCAGCAAUACAACGUGGAGGAAUACGACAGGCAGGGAAUGACGCUGACCAGCUCCAUGGUUCCAGCUGUUCUCCCGAGACGUGUAGUAACACACCUUCACCUGGACUCACUGUGGGAGGCGCCGCAGCAUUUGCGUCUGCAGGUCAUUCUGGAGGCUCUUGGUGUGUCUCCGAUCGCUGAUUCACUCCGUGUCCCUGAAGGUCUGCAGCUAGCCGUGUAUGUCACGUGUUUCUGGCUAAAACACGCAAAGCCUGAGCCGAGAGCAGAAAUGUUCUGGGCUUUACUGACCGGCCUGGUCUACGGACACCUGUGCAGAGAAGAACAGACCGAGAAAGAGAUUGAACCAGUGAUUUCAAGGUUUAAAAAGCUGCAGAGUCGUAAGGGUAAGAAGACCGUGGACCUGGAGCUGGCUCACGCUUACUGUCAGUGGCAGUCCUGUCUGAAGGACAGCUUCACUCUGAACCAGCUACUGAAUCAUCCAGUGCCUGAGCCGGAGUUAGCACGGUUGUACUGCGGCUCUUUGGUGCACGGUGCAGCCCACGAGCUGAAAAGAGGCAUCGAACCCGAGUCUUUUCUCGCCGGAGCCCCUGUCGCCAUCAGGCUUUACCGAAAUCUGCAGGCCGCAGUGGAGCGCGAGCUGGACGGCGACUUCGUCACGAGGAUGAGAACAAGGACGUGGCCGAGGCAGCACCAGGCGCCGGUGGACGAACUGAGCAAAGCGUUUCAGCAUCUGAUGGACGAGGACGAGGAUGAUGAAGAUCAGUGCAUGAAGGAUGGCAAGGUGCUCGAGGAAACCUGCAGCGUUCGCACGAGACACAAAACCAAACGCAGAACUCCGAAAUCCAAGUCUAAGAAGCAGGAGCGCGUGAGCUGGCAGUAAAUUAAUGUUGUUGUUUUUUUUAAAAAAAAAAUAAUGCAGUUCUGUUCAUCUAGUAAAUAUAGUAUUUUAAAAAAACACCAACAGAUAUGAAGAAUGUGUAUUAAUUAUUAUUCCAAGUUGUGAUAAUUUCAGAGUUUUGCUAAAAAUCAAAAGGCAGCGAGACUAAGCAUGUGUCGAUAAUCAGAUCUAUAAAACAUCACGAUCUUCAGUCUGCAAGAUAUUGUUCUCACAAACACUCCAGAAUCUCGCCACUCAGAUGGUCAGUCAGAUGGAAGUCUACCAGAUACACGGCAUUUUCAGCAAUAUUUUUAGAAGAAUAGGUUUCAGAAAUACAGUUUGUCACAUUCUGAGAAGUGUAUUGCAUUGUACAGGCACUUAUUUAAAAAAAGAAAGAAAGAAUUAAUAUAAAAAUCACUGCUUUUGUGCUGCACAGUCGUGGAGACGCUGUAAGCUUUGUGGUUAAGACGCGGCUGAAGGAGAGCGUGUUUCGGGGAAACGCGUCACUAUUUCUUAUCAUGAAAAUCGAUUAUUGUAGAAGAAUUCAUAAUUACUACAGUAUGUUCUUUUUCAUGCUCAGUGUUUACAGAAUAAUCUAUGACUUGCACUAAUGUGGGGGAAUUAUGGGGGAUUAUAUUUUAGCGCAGUAUUGUGAAAAUAUUUUUAACUGCAACUGUGAUACUAUUUCAUGCUCAGUGUUUAUGGGAAUAAACGAUGGCUUGCACUAAAAAUCUAAUUAAGUUGAAUAUUUAAAAUGUGGUGGUACAAAUUUGACUUGAAUGAUGGUGACUGUCUCUGUACUUGCAUCGUUAAACUUUUAUUAAUAACAAGGAAAUGUUUUUAAAGAUGGUCUUCUAAAAAUAAACCAGAAUUUACCAGCCAUUACAAUUUCUACUCAUUUAUUUAUCAGUUAAUGUCACGUCAUACCUUUUAAUCUAUUUAUAGUUACAUUUAAUGUUGUGAAACAAGUUCGUUCCUGUUGUCACUUACGUUAUAGCAGCUAUAAACACUCGUCUCUUUAUUCUCGCUCUUCAACUUAAUGAGAGAAAAAAAUCGCAGCUUGUUACACGUUACUGAGAAACCGCAAAGAAGCGUAAACUCCUCUGUCCUGAAGACGCCGGAAAACUUAAACUUACAGCUUUACCUCUGACUGUUACAAAGCGCUGACACUGGAGACUCCUUCCAUAAGUGAUAAAUAAACACAUUUCUCCUUACAGAAAAAUUCAGUAUAUCAACGAUUAAAUGCAUUUUUUAAAAUUCGGUGAUGUAGCACAUACAAGCCCCCGUGAAUAAGCUACAGAAAAGCUAACGUAUUAGACCUACUCUCAGAGCUGCUGUUAUAGAAAAUUAAUCAAUUCCUUCUGUCCAAUCAGAAUCCAGAAUUCCACAGUGCUGAGAUAAUAAAUAAUUUUCACAAAACGCAGUAUAUUGACCUCUGACCCCAGCAGCCAGGGAUGCCACAGAACAAGGACAGAAGUGUGUUUAGUCUAAAUUAAGGAUGUUUUCAUCACAUCACUCAUUCAUCACACACCUUAUUCUUUAAAACAGAGAGAAAUAGAGAGGUGAUGAAUGAGUGAUGUGAUGAAACAUCCUUAAUUUAGUCCAAAUACACUUCCAUGUGCAUCUAGUGCACAUGAACAGACAAAUGAAAGACUAUAAAGCAGUGUUGAUCUCCUGUGAACACUUUAAACACACUAAACGAAUAUCUGGGAUUCAGUCAUGUCUCCUGAUGUCUCAUCACUUACCUGGUGCUCGAUAUCUUGGUGCCGUGACCCGGAUAUCACACUCUAUUGUAGCAGUUACAGCAUUUCACGAGAUAUAACGGAGGCUGUUGUUGCCUGUCUGGGUUCGAGUUGCUUGUAAGGAAGGAGGCUGACUGUUAUUUCAGGCAAUGAAUGUAUCAGAACACAGAGAAUAAAAAAGUAUUAUUUCUGUAUUUCCUCUAUUUUAUAUGGAGUCAGUUACUUCACUAUGGCUACUAUUGCAAAGUUUUUUCCAUUUUAAAGAGAAUGCACUUAUUUAAUGAGGUUCAGGGGAGUUUGGAUGCAGGAACAGUGCAUCAAAGUCAUAAAUGAAAUGAUAAAGAAUCAAGUAAAAACCCGAUUCAGAAAAAAAAACAUUCCAGUCGAACAAAUCUGGACCAAAACCACACCAAGCUUCUGUUAAAGAUUUGUAGAAAUUUUAAUGUACAAUCAUAUUCUGAAACAGCCAUCACAUAUCAUGUACUUCAAUUGUGCAUAACUGAAAAUAAAUUAAUACAAUAUUUAAAAAAAAAAUUAAUAAUAAACCCCAAAUUCCAUUUCAGCUUGUGACCAGUUCACGCUCGGGAAAAAAAAAUUAUAUAUAUAUACAUACACACACACACACACACGUACACUGUCCCAACAAAAUGAUGCAAAACAAAUUCACUAGCUCUUCUUCAGUGAUUAGCGCAAAAGAAUAAACAUACCGUUUAAACACACUGCUGUAAAGAGGAAAGAAAUAACGACAUAAUAACGGACUGCAAAAAUUCAGUGUAUCGUUCCUCAAUAUGAAGAAAGGCGUGUGGAGCUGGGAAGUGUUGG